AUGGAGAUUAAUCUUAGAGGACAGAUCGUGGUUCUCGAUGAAGCUCACAACAUAGAGGAUGCGGCGCGGGAGGCUGCGAGCGCCAGCAUCACGCAGGAGCAGCUAGACGGCGCCAGGACCGAGCUGGAAUCUGUCGCGGAUGCUGGGGUGAAGCCAGUCAGCCACCGGGAGCUUGCUCGCGUCUGUUCCGUCAUCUCGCAGUGGAUCGGCCGACAGUCGGACGACCUUGAGCAGACGGACUUUGCGACUUCGUCGCGCGUCUGGACGGGCGUCGAGAUGGUCGCCGCUCUCAAGGUCAUGGCCAUCGGACCCGACGAGUACGCACACGUGAUGGUGAGAGAGCAGACGGACAGUGGCCGCGGCGACGACGUCGUGGCGGCCAUUGCUUUGUGGGUUUCAGGCGGCCGCUUCCCCUUUAAAAAACCUGAUUCGAAUCAAAAUUUUGCAAAUUGA